AUGCUCAAGUUCAUCGCGGAUGUGGCUACCCGCGCGCCCAAGUUGGCGCCGCACGUGGAGCACCGCUUCGAUCCUCUCUACUUCAAUCCUCUUUAUGGCGGAUUAAUCCGCAACGACGGCGCUCGGGCGAUCGCUUUCGCGCUCAAAGGUAACUGCACGCUGCGGCGCCUCGAGCUUCAGGAAAGCUAUAUCAGUGCCUCGGGCGUCAAGGCGCUCGCGCUCGCGAUCAAAACAAGUCCAGCGACGUUGGAAGACCUUGCGCUGCUUUAUAACCGAGAUAUGGGAGUCGAAGGCGCCAAAGCGCUGGUGCCCCUGUUAGGUGCUGACUCGGCGCUGCGCAAACUCAACAUCUAUAGAACCGCCAUCGGCGACGAGGGUGCCAAGGUAAUUGCGAUCGCCCUCGAAUCGAACACGUCGCUUCUGGAAAUCAAUCUCGGCGCCAACGCCAUCGGCCCCGAGGGCGCCGUCGCGCUCGCCGCGGCGCUUCGCGAGAACACAACGCUACUGACGCUCAAGGUCGGCAGCAACGCCCUCGGUAACGAUGGCGCCAAGGCGAUCGCGGAAGCGCUCGGAGCAAAUUCGGCGCUGCACGCGCUCGAUCUCUGCUCCAACGGCGUCGGAACGGUGGGCAUCGAUGCGCUCGCGGCGGCGCUCGGCACAAAUUCGACGCUGCGGAAGCUCCGUCUCGGCGGCGCCGACCAAAUCUGCCCCUAUUCGGCCCACGCGCUGGCGAAGGCGCUGAGUGCCGGGUCGGCGUUGCAGGAGCUCGACCUCGCCUGUAGCGCUCACGGCGUUACAGGCCUCGGUGGCUAUCACGGGCUCGGUGACGACGCCGCCAAGCGGUUUGGGGCGGGGUUCGCUGCUCACCCGUCGCUACUGCGAGUGCUCAGACUCGGGAGGAACAACAUUGGCGUUGAGGGCGCCCGGGCCCUGGCGGCUAUGCUCGGCGUGGGCUCGUUGCGGAGCCUCGAUCUGAGCUCUAAUCACGACAUCGGGGACGAGGGCGCCGCGGCGCUCGCGGCCGCACUCGUCGCGAACCCGAGAUCCCUCCUAGAGCUCAAUCUCAACUGCAUCAGAUCUGGUCCUGCGGCGGCCACGGCGCUGGCGACCGCGCUCGGCGCCAACUCGGCGCUGGAGAAGCUUUCGCUCAACUGCACCAAGGUUAGAGACGAGGGCGCCAAGGCACUGGCAGCUGCACUCUGCGCGAAUUCCGGGCUGCAAGAGCUCGCACUCGAAGAUGCAUUCAUUGGUCGUGCAGGUGCCGUGGCUUUGGCGCAGGCGCUCGCCUCGAACACGACGCUUCGGGAGCUGAACAUCUCGAACGGACGCGACGAGAUGGAGGGGGCCGCAUGCGCCAAUCACGUCCGCGACGCGGGUGCCGUGGCCUUUGCACAGGCUCUCGGAGAGAACUCGACCCUGGUGAAGCUCCGUCUCUGGGGCACGGGAGUCGGAACGCGCGGCUGCGCGGCUCUGAGAUCCGCGCUCGAGACGAACACGACGCUGGAGUUCGUCUCGGUCAAAAACCCCCAGGGGAACAAGCCGCGGACCGGGGGUGUCACGCCAUACCCGCGCUUCUCCUAG